AUGAAUAUUAUGACAAUCAAAUGUUUUUUAAAAGCAAAAUUUUUUGGCGACAUGAUCUUAUUUCUUGAUUUCCAAACUCUUGUUCUUAUUCUUACAAUUAUCUGCAGUUCUAUAGACGAACGAUACUGUGGAUCUCAGAAUGCAACACGGAGUGCACGAGUUGAUGUACUUUCAGGCCAGAAAAGAGCAUUAUCAGUCAGAGCAUAA